ACUUGCAACACUCAACCACAUCCCUGACGUCAGCCUGCUAGCUGGAGGACGAGACGCCGCAUCUUUGAAUGUGACUAAACAUGUUUUCAUGGAUUUAAAUAUUAACCAGCGGAGGUAUUUGCCACCGACUGACUAAAGUCGCUGUCUACGUGUGUCUGUGGUUGUUUCCAGUGCAAGUACUCUACACAGUUAGCUUCAGAGCUAGCUAGAAACGAGCUAACACUGGCUACGCUUCAUUGACUCCCUUGUUUACACGUUAGCUUGAGCUAAUGCUAGCUAGCAUGACGUCACUGACUGCAGUGCAUGUUUACUACCUGUUUUCUUGCAGCUAGCUAGAAGUUUUAUGUUAAUAUACUAUGCAAACUGUGUCUCAGUGCAUUGCUUGUCAUCUCUAUAUAUAACUAGCUAACAGUACCUUACAAGAUAAAGCCUUGACACCAUAGCUGUAUUGAGAUAAAUGUCUAUUGGACAUGGCCUAGCUACUUUUUUUUUUUUUUAUAUAUAUAUAAUAUGUUAAUUGGGUCUUUUAUUUUCACAAACACAAUAAGGAUAAUAAAAAAACAACAACAACAAGCAAACACUGGUACAGCUCACAUCAAAAAAAUGUAUAUAUGAAGUCAUAGGAAAUAGUCCAUGGUGCAGGGAAGUCACAGGAUAUAUAUGAGUUCAUGUUCAAGAGACUCCUUGUGAGAUAAUGGAGGAGAGAUCAGGUCCAAUGUAAUUCAGAUAGGGCUGCCAAAUAUUGUGGAACUGAUCUACUUUGGCAUGUAGAAUAUUUAUGAGAUAUUCCAAAAGGACCAUCUCAAAUAUCACUUUUCGCCAGCCUUGGACAGAGGGUUUCUUAUCACUAAUCCACUGUAGUAAUAUAUUUUUUCUAGCAGCAAAUGUAAGAAUGUUAUAUAACCUUUUGUUGGCUGCAGUAGUUGGCGUAGCUACUUAGCAUGGCAACAUCUCAUGGCAGUUCAUAGAGGUCAGGGCAGAGGAGUGUACAGUGGUAGCCACAUCGUCCCUCAUCUGUCUCUGGAGGCCAACCAUAGAGUAAGACAGCGCUGUCAAUCAAUCGUUGGCAUUAAAACAUCCCUGAAACAAAGGACAAUGGAGUGUGUGAGGAGUGCUUUCCACGCUCAGCUGGCCACCGUCAUGGACUCACUGCUGGCAGCCGCCGUCUGCGAGAUAGCCAAGAUCUUCGAGGGCAGCCUGUGUGAACAGCAGGCGGAGCUAGCACAGAAGACAGAGGAGAUCUCCGUCCUCCGAGGCAAGCUGGAGAAAGUGGAGAGGAGGCAGAAGGCGAAGGGUGGAGGGAGCGAGGAAGGGGAGAUGUCAUCAGGAGACUCGAGGCAGCAGACCCUGACAGGAUCAGGACUGAAUGUGGGGAAGGACAUGUCUUCUCAUUCAGACCCAAUAGAAGGACUCAGGCAGAGCCUCAGCGGGCUGAAAGAAGAGGUCAAUGGCCAGGAUGGAGCUUCAGUAAAACAUGAGCGUACUGGAUCACGACCUACUCUUGGGUCUGUUGCUGUCCAAGUCCCAGAGGGAAGCCUUGCUGCUGGGGACCAGAGGCCGAUGGAUGCCCUGACUGCCACACAAGCCAAGGCCAAAUUGUCUCAUUGGGAUCAGGGCAGUGGAGACCACAGGUCCCUCCAGGAUCAAGCCUCCGCCCCUUUUCUCUCCAUCUCCCAGAGCGGACGUUGCUCCCCCAGGCCUGACCCAAGCCUAGCUCAACCAGGGGAGUGGUUACCAGGGUUGGACGCCAACCGAGGUGGGGUUUCCAGUCUGGACAACCUGCAGGCAGAAGGCACCAGCUGCUCCGGUCCAGCCAGCAGCAGCACUGGCACAGACGCACCCUGCUUCCGACCGGGUUUUGGCUCAGACGAGACCAGCAACGAAGACGACGAUAGCUCUUUCCCUUUUCUGGACCAGGAGCCUGAGAACCACAACUCCAAUCAGAACUCAGUGCAGGGCCAGGGCGUGGGGCAGAGGGGGGCUCGGCAGGUUCAGCCCCAAGCCCCCUCUGGCGAAUCAUCAUGGAGGCCGAGAGAUGACAGGGGUGGGAGAGGCCCCAUCAAUCACACACGGCGGGUCACAACUUUUGUCAAUAGAGACCCUCUCCGACCACAGUCCAACUCACAGUCGCUCACGCUACGACACACAAACACUCUCAGCCACCCUCCAGCUCCUAGCGGAGGUAAUGGACGACCUUACACCUGCCCGUACUGUACCAAGUGUUUUACCUACCCCUCCCACCAGCGCAGACACCUUUUACGCCACACAGGAGUCAGACUGCAUCCGUGUCAGUUUUGUGACAAGAGCUUCCUCACUCCCUCUGAGCUCACGGUGCACACUCGCACACAUACAGGGGAGCGGCCUUUUGGCUGCGCUCAGUGUGGCAAACGUUUUGCCCGCAGCGGGAACUUGAGGGCCCACCAACGGGACGUUCACAUGGGGAAGAGGCCCUUUGCUUGCACAGAGUGCGGGAAGAGAUUCGCCCACAGGGGGAACCUAAGGGUGCACAAUCACAGAGUCCAUCAAGGAGAUCCCUACUACAUGGAUGAUCAGCAGGAGCCGGACAUAGGCCCUAAUCCCAUUUGAAAAGAUUUAAAAAACGAUGGCUUUGCACUUUAAUUUUGUUUGCAAAAUAAACUUCCCAAACUUGUUGCAGGAUGGCCUACUAGGUCCCACCGAAACUUAUUUCUGAACACUUAAAGCGAUAGUUUGAAAGUAUUUAUUUGUUUGUUUGUUUGUUUGUUAGUAUGUUUUUCAAAUUUGAUGCAGGGCAACCGUAAGAUUAACCACCAUCAAAUUUUAUUAUAUGUAAUUAAUACAUAGUCAAAGUACAUUUCAUUGGAUUGUCUUAAUUUCAUUUUCAAUUACAAUUCAAUGUCAGAAUUAUGGGUUUCACUGAAAGGGAGAGCAUUGUAUUAACUGUGUUGUAUAUGACUGGAUAUAAUCAUCCAUGAAUAAGAAAUAGUAUCUAUUGUUGUAAAGAAAAUAACUUCUCACUACGAUGACACUAUCUUCCAAUAAUGUUUCAGUGAAAAGUCACUGAACAGAUCUGAGCAACUUUUCAUUACUUGAAGUGAAAGGACUACAAAAUAAUGUUUUUCAUAAAGCCAAUGAAGAAAGUCUUGGUAUUAGAUUUAGACAUGUGGCAUGCAGAGGUAGGAUAGCACGUCUCUUCCUUCAACAUUGUGCUUACGUACUGCCCAUCUUGUCAAUCUUUCAUUUUGACGGUGUUAUAAAAUGGAAACGUGUUAUUGCAACAAGUACACAACCGUGCUGUUAAAGAAGAGCUGUGCUUUUAUUUCCCAUCCUGUUUUUGCAAAGUGAAAUUAAAUAAUAUACUCAUGUA